UGUGUGAUUUCUUAUUCAAUUAUGGAUUUGUUUUUGAAAAUAGACUGCUUGCAUGUGUCCACCUUCACCACUCAUCCGUUGUGUUUCAUCUUUUUCUCCAAGCCUGUUGCCAGUCCCUGAAGUGGACUUGCUUUCAGACAUUUCAGAGGAAGACCCUUUUGGGGAGGCUGACCAGGUCACACUAGACAGUUUAGAGCUCCUUUCCACAGGUGAAACAUCAGAGCAGGGGGACCCUGAGGUUACCACACUGGAUUCUGUCUUGGAUCCUGUUGUAGUCCCUGCUCAGUCUGAUUGUCCUCCAUUGCACGAGAAGACUCUUAAAGCAGGUGACCAAGGGAAUUCUGAGUUUGGUUACUUCUCCUUCAGCUUCUCCAAAUGUUUUCCCUCUGGUUUCCCCUCCCUUCUUGAUGAAGAUGGAUAUCUUGCUUUCCCCAGCCUCCCUAAGCUCUGGGUUUCCUUCCUCCCUCCUGAUGUUCAGCACUAUGUUCCUAUCACUUCUCCUUCAUUCAUUCCUUCCCUUAUCCUCAUCUUUGGGCUGUUGCUCUCUGCUUCUCAGUCUGUUCCUUUUUCUCUCACCUUUUCGCUUCCUCUGGCUCUAGCCCUCUGCUAUCUGGAGGCCAAAGCUACCUCCUUGAAUGCUUCUUAUGACCUUGAUUUGAAUGAUAAAAUAGAGGAAGAGGAAGCAGUUGCUGGAACUUCGCCAUAAGCUUCAUUUUGUGAAGUCAACAAACCACACUUCAUCUUAAACACCUCCUAAUAUAGAGUGUAAACAUGUGCAUAAAUUUCAGAUUACCCUCAAAAUAAUAUCACCUGCACAUUUUCAUACAUACAGUGUUUUAGUGCAUGAGAGAUAAGUGUAGGCACUCCUGCGUUGAUAUUCUUUGACCAGGUCCCACAAAUUUUAA